CAGCGGGUGUAACCUUAGAAACCAGGGAAGGAAGGAGGGAGGGGGCGGCUCUCGUCGUAAAGCGAAGCCGCGUGAAGAGCUGUACUAGUGUACACAGAAGCUUGUGCCUGACCGCUUUGUGUCCGGGAAGGGUCAGUAUCGCUGGGGGAGAAAGACUCGGCUCCGGCUUAUAGAAGAGGAUUCAGCGUGUUCAGUUCCUUUGGAAUUUGUCAACCAUGUCUCGCGGAAAGAACAAGAAAGCUGGCCUUUCAGGGAAUCGAACAGACAGUGAAGAUCCCAACGAGUUAGACCGAAGAAUUUUUGUCGGCAAUUUACCCACAAGCCGCAUGACUAAAAAAGAAAUGGAAGAAAUGUUUUCCAGAUAUGGAAAGAUUAGUGCCCUCACCAUGCUUCAUGGCUAUGGUUUCGUGCAAUAUGAACGUCAAGAGGAUGCAGAUGCUGCUGUGAUUGCUGAAAAUGGUCGUAUUUAUAAAGGGUAUAGAUUAGAUAUUAAAAAGGCAGCUGAAGGAAGAAAAAUGAAUAAGGCUCAGUCCAGGUCCAGUCCAUCACGAAGAGAACUGUAUACAUAUGGGGACAGCCAGGAGCCAAGACGUGAUCGCUCCCCUCUACGUUCCAGCCCCAGGAGAGACAGAGAACCCCGAGAUAAUAGAGAUUCACGAACAGCUCGGGAGACACGAGAACCCCGGGAACAAAGAGAUAUUAGAGAUACACUUGAGUCCAGAGAUGUAAGAGAGGGGCACAAUUCUAGGGAGGUACGAGAUGCACGUGAGCUCAGAGAACUACGUGACCCAAGAGACAUAAGAGAUGCUAGGGAAGUUCGCUUCCGUGACACCCGUGAUGUAAGAGAUCUCCAGAAUCUGUUUGAACGUUACCGAGAUGCUCGUGACCCAAGAGAUCCAUUAUACAGAUUUGAUGAUGUACUUGAUAAGUAUCGGCUUGAGGAUUUCUAUCGCAAAAAAGAGGACUUCUAUGAACGUUUUAGAGAUCCCCUGGACAGACAUCCAGAUGAUCGCUAUAAGCGUGAGGAACGUAGACGCGAGGAACUAUAUAGGCAAUUUUUUGAAGAUCUUCAAAGGAGAGUGGAUGCUGAACGUCCUGUAGACUGCUCUGUUGUGGUUGUUAACAAACAGUCAAAGGAGUAUGCAGAGUCUUUAGGACGGAAAGUCCGUGACCUGGGCAUGAUGGUGGACUUGAUAUUUUUAAACACAGAGGUAUCUUUAACACAAGCUUUGGAAGAUGUUUCUAGAGGAGGCUCGCCUUUUGCAAUUGUGAUCACUCAGCAACACCAGGCUCAUCGCUCUUGCACUGUGAAUAUCUUGUUUGGAACACCACAAGGUAAAGAGCAUCGUAAUAUGCCAAUUGCUGAUGCCAUGGUGCUUGUAGCAAGACACUACGAGCGCUUCAAAACGGAAACACGGGAGAAAGAGCGUGAAGAUAUGGCACGACAAGCUGCCAAGAUGUCUGCAGAAGCGGUGUUAAAAGAGCGCUGUCCACCUUUGGAGGAGGGAAUAAGAGGGCCUAAUCCUCCAGGAAUUAUGACUCUGCUAGGGUUGAUUGCGGAUAACAGAUAUGUUACUGCAGAUGAAAUUGACAAAGUUAUCCUCUAUUUACGCGAAAGGAAAGAAAGAUUGUUAGCCAUAUCUGCUGACCCGUUACCAGCACAGCUCUCCAGACCAUCAUUGGGACAAACUUCAGCACAGUCUCUUGAUGGCUCCUCUACUAUUGCAAGCAAUCAAUCACAUCAGAUGUCUCAACAGAUGACUCAGCAGUUGACCUCUGCCGCUACAGCUGCUCAAACUGUGAGCAACUCUCAACAGGAGUUACAAGCAAAAAUUCUCAGUCUGUUCAAUAGUGGAGCUGCUUCUACUGUUAACCCGAACCCACCCAGUACUGCAACAGCUUCAGUCAGUGUCCAAGGCCAGAGCUAUGGCAAUAUGUCAAACAGUCAACAACGGGCAUCAGGACAGAUGGAUGCAGCAAGUCUUGGCCCACCUCCACAAAGAUCUCAGCCAGUAAUGAGUCAGCAUCCGAAUUCCAUGGUACAAGGAGAAGCUGUAAGAGGUGCAGUGCCCAGACCUAUCCAAUCUCCACAAAUGCAGGGUUUAUAUGGGCAACUUCCAAUUCGUGCUCAAGCGCCUGGCAGUUUACCUAGACCAGGCGUAUCUACAGGCAUAAACUUUGACAACCCUAGUGUGCAGAAGGCCCUGGACACAUUGAUCCAGAGUGGACCUGCACUUUCUCACUUGGUGAGUCAGACAGCUGGUCAGGCUGUUCGCAGUGGGCCACCACAGCAACAGUCUAUGGGCUCUUAUCCCCGCCACUAUUAGUUCCAGGCUACAGGCAAUGCAGAUCUUUGUUGCAUACUUGUAGAAAGACUCUACUAUUGCAUUUCUUAAUAUUUGAGGAACGGUUGUAAUUUUUUUUGUCUUAACCUAUUUGUUAAUCUGUUUUAUGAAACCCCCACUAAAAAGAUUUAAUGUACUCUGUGCAACUUGGCUGCAGCCAUUGUGACUUUUUUUGUUUUGCUUCCAGAAGUAUCCUGUGAAUUAGUUUCAUAUCUUUCUCUUAGCCACAAAGAAUUUUGCAUUAGUUAAAUGGUGAUGUUUAUUCCCUUACAUGGUCCUGUAUGUUAAAUGACAAAAUUGUAUUCUGUUGCAAGCAACUUUUUUUUUAAGUAAAAGAUUAUUAAAACAAAAUAAAGUAAGAUCCAUUUAUUUGAAAUAAAGUGCUUAAUUUUGCUGCA